UUGUUUAUUGUUUCAGUGAUUUAAAGAAGACUUCAGAGAUAAUAAUGGAGCAGAUUGCUUCUCGAGUAAAUAAUGACAGCACUGUACGCUUCAAUAUCAUAAGAAGAAAUGUGUGGGAUGGAGCAUCCAGAGCCAUGGGCAGAUCCAAUUUUUCACCUGAGAAGAAGGUAGAUGUUAAGUUCACCGAUGACUAUGGAAUAUCUGAGGGUGCUGUAGACAAUGGAGGACCUACUCGGGAGUUUUUCCGACUCUGUCUACAUGAAAUCAAGGACAACAUUGGCAUCUUUGAGGGUCCCCCUAAUGCUAAAGUCCUCACAUGCAACUCCAAAGCGAUGAAAGACAAUGGAUACUUCUACGCUGGCCAGAUCAUGGCAAUGUCAAUUGCCCAUGGGGGGCAGAGUCCAUGUUUCCUGUCUGAACUCUUGUAUGAGUGUCUUCAAAAGGGUCCAGACAACGUAAAGGUCAAAACUGAACACAUUACUGAUGAAGAAACAAGGUCACAGGUGCAGUCGAUCUUAGAGGCUGAGACUGAUUCACAACUGCAGGAGGCAGUUGCACAGGCAGCCAUCUUGAUCAGUCUUGCUGGUCACAAUGUUCGCAUAACACUGGAAAACAAACAAGAGACUGCUUUGGACUUGGCUCACUGGUAUGUCCUCCAGCGAACACGUGCACCUUUUGAAAGGUUCAGAGAUGGGUUAACAUCUCUAGGUGUCCUAGAUGCUAUCCAGAAAUACCCUCUACAAAUAAAGAGCCUUUUUGUGAAGCCCGAAAAGAGUUUAACAGCUGCUGAUGUGGAGAAUCUCCUCCAGAUCUCACACUCUGAAAGAGGGAGUAAUGCAUUCCGAGAAGAGUGCCGGACCCUGGCUUUCUGGCAAGACUAUCUUCAGGAUGCUGAAAUUGAAAAUGAUGUCUCUCUGGAGGAUAUUCUUGUUUCUUCACUGGAUGUGACAGCAUUCCAGCACUGGACCCUAGACACCGUGGACGCAGACUUCACCACCGUGGCCUCAGACAACACCAAGAGGGAGGUUGCCAAUCAUAGAGACUAUGCCCAAUUCCUUCAUGCCAAUUUCCACCUGUCCAUACACUGCACCAGCCUCACCAAUCCCCACUGCCUUGGUUAUAUGUUUUGA